UUCGGUUGGAUCACAGAUACUUGGAUACUGGGACUACUCGAGUUCGUCGACACUGUUUAGUGCUGCUUUUACUGACUGGUCUUGUGUCUCAAAUGUUGUUUCUUAUUAGGACAUCUCCAAUAUCCUCCAGAGUGCCUUCAAUAGCACUUGUUUCUUUGAACAGUGCUUAUUUGACCAGAGCCCUCCAUAAUACAAAUGCCAACAAUGAUUUUCUUUCAUGGGUGAAAAGUAAGACUAGAACCUUGAUUAAAGGUGAGCAAAAGCCUGUCGACAAUACUGAGCUUCCAGAGAUUAAAACAAAGCUUUAUAAAGAUUCAAAUGAAUUGCUAAAAAAUUACCAACAGGGUCCUCAGACAAGUCAAAUAGUUAAGAAGCUUGAGCUGAAGCAAGAAGAAGAAGAAGAGCACACAGGCUUAAAUUCAAAUCUAGCUUCUGCAGAGGGUGAGAAAAUCGAUAUCAGCAAAGUGCAAACGAUUGGUUUACCAUCUUCACCAACCUAUCCUAAAAAAGUUUUAAAAUAUUCCAAAAUCGAUAAAUGGUAUUCUUCCAAGACAAUUACAACUGAAUCUGAAUUAAAUGAUAUCUUAAUAAAUGCUUAUAAAACUGUGUUCCUAAAAGAUGAAACAAAUCAACCAGCAAAAGAGCAGGAAAACGAAAUUGAGAACAAGUCUGAAAAUAAAAAUCUUGAUUCAGAUUCCCAGCCAGAUUUUGAAAAAAUCUUUAAAACUAAAAGAUUGACAGAUCUACAACUAAGAUUUAAUUUGUUCAAAGAAAUCUCAAUCCAAACUGGUAUUCCAAUACCAGACGAUAUUUUAACAAGAACCGCCACUAUAAACCAUUUAAAAGAAUGGUAUCUUACUAAAAGAUUAUCCUAUGCUGCCUCUCAUUAUAAUGAAAGCUUACCAAAUGCUAUAUAUAUAACUAACGAAAUGUUUGAAUCUCUCGGUAAUGUUCAUGUCUUACCUGAUUAUUCUAAGAAGAAACAAAAACAUGGAUACAAGGAAUUAUUAGAAGCUGCUACUGAUUUCCAAUCGAAAAAAAUUCAAGAAAAUAUUCGGAAUGCAAAAGCUUUUUAAUUUCUAAAUAUAAUUAUUAACUAAUUAUUUAAAUAUAAACACGAAUGUAA